ACCGGUAAGCUAACAACGUUUCGCCUCACUACAACUGUCAUCCCGAUUGUUGUCGUCAAUACUUUGGGCCGCUUUUAUUUUGAGCGAUUUUGAUGAAUAUUCGCUAACAAUCAACGAUUGUUAUGAAUUAUCUUCACUAAUUAAGUGAAGAAGUCGUGCCGUUUCAGUAUUAGGAGGAAAUAUCUCAGUAUUAUCUAAAAAUGGUGGAUCUCAGUGGUGGUCAAGAUGGCCCGCUUGAACAUGCAUUUUCCAACUCGGUUUUCAUCGUUCCUGGCAUCAUUGUCAUCAGUUUAUCAGAAAAUGGGCGAGCCAAACGUGAUCAAUUUCGGAGGUGUGAUCAGCGAGAAAGUCCGCGAGUCCAUAGAAGACAUGGAUGUCAUGACAGUCCUCCAAAAAAUGGUGGCCACCACACCAGAAGACGAGGAAUCUGAAACUAUUAGAGAGAAACUGCAAGGAGUUUUGCAGCAGUUCAACGAAAUGUCAGAUGAAGAUAAAGUGACCUUUACGAAGCAAAUAAAAGAUGGACUAGCGAAUAAAAUUGCGAUGAAGAUGAGAGAACCGGGGGCAAUAAAACUGGAUGGUUUGGAAGACGCUAUCAAAGAGGCGGUGGUGUUCCAGCUGUUUUUGGUCGGAGUGGUGGUUGCGAUACUAGUUUUGUUGUUUGUUUUCUUCGGCUACAAACUCUACAAAUCAAUAAAAGACAAAGAACUCAAAAAGGAGGAAAAGAAAAAAGCCAAGCAGAUGAAAAAGAAGAAGUAAGAAGAUUAAGAAGUUACACGGCAGAGGCUAAGAAUACGGAUUUAUAUCACUGACCGUUAUUUUACUGCAUAAUGUAAGAUAAUUAAAAAAAUAAAAGUUUGAUUCGCUGUCCGUAAAAGCGCCUAGACUAAAUGACGUUCGCCAACGAAUCGAUAACAUUGAGGUAAGUUCGUAAAGUCGACUAACGCGCUAUCUGUUGUGCCGUAGAUGUACUAAAAUAUCUCAAAAAUAAAAUUUUACAAUUUGUUGAAACGAACUUGAUUCGGAGCGAGAUUUCGAUGUCUUAUUUUAAACGCUUCUAGUAAUAGAUAAAUUAAUACUACUAUAGACACUAUUCAAUAACAGAAU